AUUAUUAGAGAGAGAGAAAAGUAAAGAAAUAAAUAAUAACGUAAUGGAAAACAAAGGAUGGAGUGGGGAGAGCACCAACUAAGUUUUAUAAUAAAAAAAAAAAUAAAAUUGGGCGGUGGAUGGGUCAGAGAGAGAGUAAAGGGCAUUGGGUAGUGGGAUUGUUGUUGGAGAGAUAACUGUAAUGGAUGCAGAGUCCUUCGCAAAGGCUGCAGCGAUAACUGCACCAUACGACCCUGCCUAUUGUGGAUCAAAACCCCUGAAUCCCAAGCCAACGCCACCGUCUUCCUCGCCAAGUUCUACGGCCGUGCCGGCCUCCAAAACCUCAUCAAUGCUGGCCCCGAUCACCUCCGUCCCGCGAUUUUUUGGAUCAUUACUCUAUGAAGCAUGUGGGCGUAUCGUGAACCCGAUCUACGGCGCGGCUGGCUUGCUCUGGUCCGGAAACUGGCACCUCUGCCACGCCGCUGUCGAAGCCGUUCUACACGGCUCGCCGAUCGUGCAACUCUCUCCGGACUCCGAAUUGAGCACCAUGAGUCCUCCUCUCAAGGCCUGCGAUAUCCGACACGUGUCCAAAGAUGAGAGCUCGGCUGCUUCUCGUGAUCUGCACAAGGUGAAGUGUCGGAGCCAGUUCAAGCGCGCUGCUGGGAAGCCGAAGGUGGAAGUGGACUAGAAGACGACAAAGCAAUGAUGGCUGUUGGCUUCUUCCCUUCCCCGAGUCGCUCUAGCAACUUGAAUUCCUGGAACCCACCUUCAGACAGUCAUGGUCUGAGAGAGUCGAGAAGUAAGAGAGAGGAAGAUGAAGUUUCAGUCUGGGUAUGUGUAGAGGUCCGGCGGGCGGCCAAGGCGAGGCUACCGCCCGCCGGGAAAGCAGAAUGACCAGGUUCUUAACCUUGCUCUGAUACCAUGAAAAAAUAUAUGUAUUAUUGAUUGAUAUUUUGAUGUUUUGAUUGAUUGUUAUAGAUUGAUCUAUUGAUACAUAUCCUGUCUAUUACAAAUGGUUCCUUAUAUAGAUGUAGGUGUAGUGGAUGGUGUGUAGUGGAUGGUGAUAGUGGUGUAGUGGGUUAGGUUUAGUGGAGUAGGUGAGGUGGUAGUGGUGUAGUGGGUUAGGUUUAGUGGAGUAGGUGAGGUGGUAGUGGUGGUAGGUGAUGGUAAAUUCUAACAGGUUAGAUCUCUUAUGUUGAUUUGACACUACAUUGAUUUGAAUAGUUUAUGAUAGGAAUUUGAUUAUCACAACUUCCAAGUUGUUCCCAAGAUGCAAGUACCUUUCAACAUAUGGUAGACAAAAAGAGGGUCUAUGACUUUCUUUUGGCCUCAACACAGAGAUCAGAUUCGUGUUCAGGUUCUUGAUCGGCAUGUGUUUCCCACCAUGCCCAAGGCAUAUGCUUGUGUUCAAUAAGAAUACAGCAGGCGUAGUGCUAUGGUUCAUAAUUCUAUUUAGGAUCACUCUGCUUUAGUUGUUACUUCUACUUCGAAGAAUGGAAAAUUUAGCCAAUCCAAGUCUGGGGGUAAAGGUAACACUAGGGACUGCAAUUACAUGUGAUUAUUGUGAGUAAGAACGGCAAGAUCGGAAGCAUUGUUGAAAUUUACAUGGCCGCCCAAAUUAAGGGCAAGGUGGUGGCAAUGUUCGUUCUCAUGCCAAUAUGUUGGGAGUCUUCAGAGAGCACCUCGGGUGAUAGUCCUACUCUUUCCCAAUAUGAGUUACACACUCCCAGACGUCUAAUGACUCAGCUUCGUACUUCUACUAUUGCUUCUGAUCCUAGUUUCUCUUCCAGCUUUGUUUACACAGGUAUUUCUACAAGUGCCCUAACUGCCCUCUUCUAUAUAGACCAAGGACAUUGUUACCCGGAAACGCUAAUACCCUAGCAAUUUACGUUUUUGGAACACCCGUUCUGAAACAUGGUACCCUUCUCAUUUCAAAAAGAAGAAUUUAGCAAUCUAAAGAGAUUCCAAAAAAUUUCAUAUAUAUUUUCUUAAAGGGUCUUGUUAAUGUGUGACCCUUAACGCACAAGAACAAAACCUUUUAAGAUUCUUAACAAGUGACCUAAGAGUACAUAUUAACAAAAUUCUUUCUUAAAAGUUUCCGGUAGGAGGAAAAAAUCAAACAUAGUUCCUCAUACCAAAACGAUUCAUCUUCCAAACAUAAUGAGUUCGAUGAAAACCCUAGUAAGUCUCGCAAAAUGAUAAUUCUAAUAGCAAUUUUUAAAUUAAAACGAAAUAUUACAAUAAAUAUUAAUGUCUUAAUUCCUAACCCAACUCAACUUGAAGUUAAAAUUUAGAAAUAACUAAAUUAUAAGGUUAUUCAGGCUCACCAUGGCAUUGCAUGGCAAGAACCUUCGCGUGUUUAUUAUUUAUUAUGGCUCAUCUAUACAUGCAUGUUUGGACAAUAAUUCACUCACAGAUGACCAAUCAAAACGACAAUUCAAUAAAACAGAAUCCACUAACAAAAGUCGCCAGUUGUAAUUGUACAUUCAGUUCAUAGUAGCAGUCUCCAUUGACCAG